ACUCAGAAGCAUACUGGACAGAGAAAACCUUCCGCAGGGAAAAGCCAGAAAGCGCUAAAGAAAACAAAGAUGAAGGUUUUCCUGGUCCUUGCCAUUGUGGCAUUUGCAGGUUGCCAAGCCAACUUGUUCUAUGCUGAUGAGCCCAAACCACAGUUGGAGCAACUGACUGAUGCUUUCUGGGACUAUGUCGCCAAGGCAACACACACUGCUGAGGACACACUGAAAAUGAUUAGAGAGUCUCAACUGGGACAGGAAGUCAACACUAGAAUUACAGAUGGUGCUAAUGUGGCCAGUCAGUAUGCUGUCACUCUUCAGAACCAAAUGAACCCUCUGGCCCAGGAGAUCAUGGCCAAAAUCACCAAGGAGGUUGAAGUUCUGAAGGAGCGUGUCGAGCUGGACCUGGCCACUGUAAAAGACAAACUGGAUCCCUAUUCUGAGGACCUGAAGACCCAAAUUCAGCAGAGAGUGGAGGAUCUGAGAGCAGCUGUUGCUCCCUACGCUGAGUCCUUUGACGCUGAAGCUCUAAAAGCCACCGUGCUGCAGAAGACUGAGGAGCUUAGGGGAAGUGUUGAGGAGAAGGUUAAGGAGAUGCAGUCCAAGCUAGAGCCCUACACUGAAGAGCUCAAACAGAAAGUAGAUCAGCACCUGCAGGAAUUCCAGAAGACCGUGGCUCCUCUGACUGAAGAUCUUCAGGCCAAGGUUGCUGAGAGAGCCGCUUUGGUUCAGCAGGGUCUGGCUCCCUAUGCUGAGGACCUGAGAGAGAAACUCGACCCCUACGCCCAAAACCUGAAGGACCAGCUCACUUCUCUUUAUGAGGCCUACUUCAAGACUAGCUAAAUACUCCAAACACUAUUUUUCACCCACUGGACUGUAUUUUUUAUAUUAAACAUCAAAUGUUCAGUUCAAUACUAUGACAUCAAUUUCAGUACUAACAAUACUUCAAACAGGAGACUGGCUAUAAAGCCGUUACUUCCCACUUGUACCAAUUGUAGAAACAAUAACAUUAAAAUGUAAUUGUUUAGUGUUUAACCAUUGCUGCUAAGAAUCUAUAUGAUCUUUAUGGAUUUCUUUGUAAUACAUCACUGACAUUACUUGUAUUUAUAACUAUAAUAAAAGUCAAACUAGAAUAUGUAAA